UCCGUACUGGCACGCGGGCUUCGUUUCUACUGCGUUGAUUGUUGUGGCUCUUCGUCAUCCGGAGAAAGUUCCCCUCGCUCGCAGUUCUGCUUAAUUUUGCAGCGAUAUUAAAGAAGUAUGGCCGAGUCUCAAGAGGAUAAGCUGUACAAGGCGGAAUAUGCCAAAAGCGGCCGCGCGUCUUGUAAGAAAUGCAAGGAUAACAUCGCUAAGGACUCGCUGAGAAUGGCUAUCAUGGUGCAGUCACCCAUGUUUGAUGGAAAGGUUCCACACUGGCAUCACUUUUCCUGCUUCUGGCAGCGAGCAGCAGCUCAGUCCACUGCUGAUAUCGCAGGGUUUUCAGAUCUCCGAUGGGAAGACCAGGAAAAAGUCAAAAAGGCUAUUGAGAGCGGUGGAGCUGGAACCGGAGGGAAAGGGGAUCAGAAAGGUGGAGCUAAAGGAGAGAAGACACUGAAUGACUUUGCAGUGGAAUACGCAAAGUCCAACCGUAGCACAUGCAAAGGCUGUGAGCAGAAAAUAGAAAAGGAUCAGAUUCGCAUAUCUAAGAAAACCAUUGACCCAGAAAAGCCUCAGCUGGGCCUGAUCGACCGCUGGUACCACACGGCCUGCUUUGUGAGUCGUAGAGAAGAACUGGUCUUCAAACCUGAAUACAAUGCCGCACAGCUGAAGGGUUUCAACGCACUACGGGCAGAGGACAAGGCGGAGCUUCAGAAGAGGCUCCCUGCUGUUAAAUCUGAAGGAAAGCGGAAAACUGAUGAGCUGGAUGGAGUAUCUAAGAAACAAAAGAAAGAGGAAGAAGAUGAGAAGAAAAAGCUAGAUGAGCAGUUGAAGAACCAAAGCCAGUUGAUUUGGGGAAUUAAGGACAAGCUGAGGAAGUAUUGUUCAACCAACGAUAUGAAGGAACUGCUGAUCGCAAAUGGCCAGGAGGUUCCAUCUGGAGAGUCUAAUGUGGUCGACAGCCUGGCUGACGGCAUGGCCUUCGGUGCACUUGAGGCUUGUAAGGAGUGUCACGGCCAACUGGUGUUCAAAGGUGAUGCCUAUUACUGCUCAGGGGACAUCUCAGCGUGGACCAAGUGUGUGUUCAAAACCACAACACCAGUCCGCAAAGACUGGGUCAUCCCUAAGGAGUUCCACGAAGUUCCAUUCCUGAAAAAAUUCAAGUUCAAGAGACAAGACAGGAUGUACCCCAAGGAGGCCCCUCCCCAAACGCUGACCACAGCCAAGUCUGAACCCCGGGCGAGUGCAUCCAGCGCCCCCCCUCUGCCCAUGUCAGAGGGAGCUCCUGCAGACAAACCUCUUACUGGUAUGAAGCUGUUGGCUGUUGGAAAGUUGAGCAAGAACAAGGAUGAUCUAAAGGUUGCGGUGGAGGAGCUGGGUGGAAAAAUAACUGGUACAGCCACCAAAGCCUCUCUCUGCCUGAGCACUAAGAAGGAAGUGGAGAAGAUGAGCAAGAAAAUGGAGGAAGCGCGGGACGCUGGCGUACGCGUGGUGUCUGAGGACUUUCUCACAGAUAUAAAGUCGUCAGGCAAAGCCCUCCAGGAACUGGUGUCCCUCCACGCCAUUUCACCCUGGGGUGCCGAGGUCAAAGUUGAGGCUCAGGCUCCGUCUGCGGCCUCCAAAUCUGGAGCGUCGGCUACCAAGAGCACAGGAAGAGUAAAAGAAGAGGAAGGUGGAAGCAAAGCCAAGAAGAUGAAACUAACAGUCAAAGGAGGAGCUGCUGUGGAUCCAGACUCAGGUUUGGAAAACAGCGCUCAUGUUUUGGAGCAGAGUGGGAAGAUGUACAGCGCAACUUUGGGUCUUGUGGACAUUGUCAGAGGAACGAACUCUUACUACAAACUGCAGCUGCUGGAGGAUGAUGUACAGAAACGAUACUGGGUGUUCAGAUCAUGGGGCAGAGUGGGAACCACCAUUGGAGGUAACAAACUCGACAAGUUCCACGACAAGAACUCCGCCAUGGACAAUUUCCUUGGCGUGUACAAGGAAAAGACGGGCAACAAUUGGGGGUCCACUAACUUCACUAAGUAUCCCAACAAGUUCUACCCUCUGGAGAUCGAUUACGGACAGGAUGAGGAAGCAGUGAAGAGGCUGACGGCUACUGCUGGUACAAAGUCUAAACUGGGCAAACCUGUUCAGGAGCUCAUCAAGAUGAUUUUUGAUGUUGAGAGCAUGAAGAAAGCCAUGGUGGAAUUUGAAAUAGAUCUCCAGAAGAUGCCCCUUGGAAAGCUGAGUAAGAGGCAGAUCCAAAGUGCCUACGCUCUGCUCACUGAAGUACAGCAGGCUGUGUCAGAUUGUGUUCCUGAGGCUCAGAUACUGGAUCUCUCAAAUCGCUUCUACACUCUGAUACCCCACGACUUUGGAAUGAAGAAACCCCCACUGCUUAACAACCUGGAUUAUAUUCAGGCUAAGGUUCAGAUGUUGGACAACCUGUUGGAUAUCGAAGUGGCAUACAGUCUGUUGAGAGGAGGGGCCCAGGACAACGAGAAUGAUCCUAUCGACAUCAACUAUGAGAAACUCAAAACCAAGAUUGAGGUUGUUGACAAGGCUACAAACGAGGCUGAGGUCAUUAUGCAAUACGUCAAGAACACGCAUGCUGCUACCCACAACACAUACACACUGGAAGUACAAGAAAUCUUUAAAAUCAACAGAGAGGGAGAAUACCAGCGUUAUCGGCCCUUCGAGGAGCUCCACAAUCGGCAGCUGCUGUGGCACGGCUCACGCACCACCAACUACGCUGGUAUCUUGUCUCAGGGUCUUCGCAUCGCUCCUCCAGAGGCUCCAGUGACUGGUUACAUGUUCGGUAAAGGUGUGUACUUUGCUGACAUGGUGUCGAAGAGCGCCAACUACUGUCACACAUCUCAGUCGGACCCUGUUGGUCUUCUACUGCUGGCUGAAGUUGCCCUCGGUAACAUGCACGAACUGAAGAAGGCGUCCCACAUUACAAAACUACCGAAAGGCAAACACAGUGUUAAAGGUUUGGGUAGGACUGCACCCGAUCCAAAUGCUACUGUCGCUUUAGAUGGGGUACAAGUGCCUUUGGGAAAAGGAGUUCACACAAACAUUGAUGACACGAGUCUACUGUACAACGAAUACAUUGUGUAUGACGUAGCGCAGGUGAACCUGAAGUAUCUCCUGAAGAUCAAGUUUAACUACCAGACGUCCUUGUGGUAAGAGGGUUGUGUCCAAACCCUCUAGAGUGAAAAUCAAGACCACUGUUGCCUCCAAAUGUCUGGGCUUAUUCUCUGCAACAGAAGAUGCUUAGGAAAGGAGUGAUGCUGUACCAUGCUUUACGAUGGUCUAUGGAAAUCUUCUCUAGUCACUUUAUUGCUUUUCAUCAGGUGUACUAGCCUUCAGUAGUGUUGUAUUAGGUACUUAAAUACCUUCACCAGAUCUAUUCUAAGACUGAAACAGAAACCACAACUCAGUAUGGACAUUAAAAUAUAAUUAAUACAAGGUAAAAAUGUUUUGGUUUAAAAAAAAAAAAAAUCAGAAAAUGUUUUCUGUUUUUACAAGUGGUUACCUUGAAUUUAAGGAUCUUAUUCUUUAUAAAUCUGUAGUUCAUAAGGGAUAGCACUGCAAGUUUAGAAUGAGUAUUGUGAACUACCAAACCUGCAAACAUUCAGAAAACUGUCAUAUUUUCCUUUGAUUCCCAGCGGAAUAGCCACUAAAGUGAACACUUCGUAGACUGUUGGGUUCAAAUACUGUAUGUGGUUUGACCUGUAUAUACUUAUUUUGUUGUUUGUCUCAAGCUGUCUUCCUUGAAAAGAAAAUUAAAAAAAGAAAAGCCAAAAAAAUUGUUAGUGUUUAUUAGGACUCUGUAAAAGAUGCAACAAAAGGGCACGCAGUUUUCAUAGUUUUUUUUUUCCCUGCUUACCUCAGACAAAAUAAAACAGUGAGUGCUCUG